CCCGCGCAGGCGCUGCUGCUGCCGGGCGGUGCUGCCCCGGAGCCUCACGGAGCCCCGGCCCGGCCGGCCAUGGGGGACGUGAAGAACUACCUGUACGCCUGGUGCGGCAGGCGGAGGGUCAUGCCGGCCUACGAGAUCCGCGCCGCCGGCGGCCGCGGCCGGCAGACCUUCCUGUGCGAGGUCCGAGUGGAAGGGUUCAACUACGUGGGCAUGGGCAACUCCACCAACAAGAAGGACGCGCAGAGCAACGCUGCCCGUGACUUCAUCAACUACCUGGUGCGGGUGAACGAGAUGAAGAAGGAUGAAGUCCCUGCUUUUGGACCAGCCCCAGGUGACACCCCCGAUGGAGCCCAGGAAGCAGCUAGAGAUGUCACUGGUUCCAGUUCAGCUCUGGGAGGACCCCUUCCUCCACAUUUGCUUAUAAAAAGUGAAGUAGGCAAUGGCCCAGGUGCAGCACCUGGAAACUGUGGCAGUCAUGGAGCUCAGUGGGAUCGGGGUGCGAAUUUGCAAGAUUAUUAUUCAAAGAAAGAGGAGCAAGAAGGUCAGGAGACCUCAGAGUCAGAAGUGGACUUAAAUGCUGACCUUCAUGGGGGUUGGACCUUGGAAAAUGCCAAGGCACGUCUGAACCAGUUUUUCCAAAAGGAGAAGAUCCAGGAGGAAUAUAAAUACACUGAAAUGGGGCCUGAUCACAACAGGAGCUUUAAUGCAGAAAUGACCAUUUAUGUGAAGCAACUGGGCAGAAGGAUCUUCAGCCGCGAGCACGGGUCCAACAAAAAGCUGGCAGCACAGUCCUGUGCCCUCUCCCUGGUCAGGCAGCUCUACCACCUCGGGGUCAUCGAGCCUUACUCUGGGCAGACAAAGAAGAAAGGAGAGUCGCUGGAACCCUAUGAGGUGUCACUGUCUCCUGAAUUAGAAAAUCAGCUGCAAAAGACUGUCCGGGAGCUGUCCCUGGAGGUUGUGCCUUUGCCUGAAGAUCCCAGUGAUCCAGUUCUGAUCAACGUUGGAAAGUUGGCCCAUUUUGAGCCAUCACAGAGACAAAGUCACAUGGGAGUUGUUCCCUGGUCACCACCUCAUUCCAACUGGAACCCUUGGACUGGCUGCAAUAUUGAUGAGGGUCCUCUGGCAAAUCUCACUCCAGAGCAAAUAAGCAUGGAUCUGAAAAGUGAUUUCAUGUACCGUCUGGAGCAGGAUCAGGAAUUACAGAGGAUCCAAGAAGAGAGAGAGGCCUUACCUCUGAAGAAUUUUGAGAGUGAAAUUAGAUGGGUUGGAAAAGGGGCUGGGCAGCCUGCACACUUCCUGGUUUUUAAACCAGGGGCUGAGAGGGGGAAGCUUGCUCUGUUACAGGAACAUUUACCUGCUGUGGCUUUUUCAGGUGUUCUUCUGAGAAAGGUGGAGACUGGGAUCCGCGGCAUUAGCCACGUUAUUGUUGAUGAGAUCCACGAGAGAGACAUUAAUACUGACUUCCUUUUGGUGGUGCUGAGGGAUGUCAUUCAGGCCUACCCUGAAAUCAGGGUCGUGCUCAUGUCUGCCACCAUUGACACCAGUAUGUUCUGUGAAUACUUCUUCAACUGUCCCAUCAUCGAGGUCUAUGGCAGAACCUUUCCUGUCCAAGAUUAUUUUCUGGAAGAUUGUAUUCAGAUGACUCAGUUUGUUCCUCCACCAAAGGAGAAGAAAAAGAAAGAGAAGGAUGAAGAAGGUGGUGAAGAUGAUGAUGCCAAUUGCAACCUUAUUUGCAGUGAUGAAUAUGGCCCAGAAACAAAGCACUCCAUGGCUCAGCUGAACGAGAGAGAAACCUCUUUUGAGCUCAUUGAGGCCCUGCUGAUUUAUAUCAAGACUCUGAAUGUCCCAGGAGCUGUCCUUGUUUUCUUGCCUGGCUGGAACUUGAUCUAUACAAUGCAGAAGCAUCUAGAAAUGAACCCACGCUUUGGAGGCCACCAGUACAGGAUUUUACCUCUGCAUUCCCAAAUUCCUCUGGAAGAACAGCGUCGAGUGUUUGAUCCCGUGCCUCCCGGAGUGACCAAAGUUAUUUUAUCCACCAGCAUCGCCGAGACCAGCAUUACCAUCAACGACGUGGUCUUUGUUAUCGACUCCUGCAAGCAAAAAGUGAAGCUGUUCACGGCUCACAACAACAUGACAAACUAUGCCACGGUCUGGGCAUCCAAAACCAAUCUGGAGCAGCGCAAAGGCAGAGCCGGGCGCGUGCGGGCCGGGUUCUGCUUCCACCUGUGCAGCAGAGCUCGCUUUGAGAGGCUGCAGACUCACAUGACACCCGAAAUGUUUCGGACGCCACUGCACGAGAUCGCUCUGAGCAUCAAACUGCUGCGGCUGGGCGGCAUCGGGCAGUUCCUGGCCAAGGCCAUCGAGCCCCCGCCCCUGGACGCGGUGAUCGAGGCGGAGCGAACGCUCAGAGAGCUGGAUGCCCUGGAUUCCAACGAUGAGUUGACACCUCUUGGAAGAAUCCUGGCCAAGCUUCCCAUUGAGCCUCGUCUGGGCAAGAUGAUGAUCAUGGGCUGCAUUUUUUACGUGGGAGAUGCUGUUUGUACCAUCUCUGCUGCCACCUGUUUCCCUGAGCCCUUCAUCAACGAGGGCAAACGCCUGGGUUAUGUCCAUAGGAACUUUGCUGGGACCAGGUACUCGGAUCACGUGGCUUUGCUCUCUGUCUUCCAGGCCUGGGACGAUGCCAGAAUGGGUGGUGAAGAAGCAGAGAAGAGGUUUUGUGAGCACAAAAGACUCAGCAUGGCCACUCUCAGAAUGACUUGGGAAGCAAAAGUCCAGCUGAAAGACAUACUUAUUAGUUCUGGCUUCCCUGAAGAGUGUUUGAUGACUCAGCCGUUCAACAACACGGGCCCAGACAAUAACCUGGAUGUUGUCAUCUCCCUGCUGGCUUUUGGGGUCUACCCCAACGUCUGCUACCACAAGGAGAAAAGGAAAAUUCUUACCACGGAGGGGCACAACGCUCUCAUCCACAAAUCAUCUGUCAACUGCCCUUUCAGCAGCCAGGACAUCAAGUAUCCAUCACCCUUCUUCGUUUUUGGAGAAAAGAUUCGAACACGAGCCAUCUCUGCCAAAACCAUGACCUUGGUGAGCCCACUGCAGCUGCUCCUCUUUGCCUCCAAGAAAGUCCUGUCAGAUGGGGAGCUCAUUCUGGUGGAUGACUGGAUCAAGCUGCGGAUGCCGCACGCACAGGCCGCCUGCAUCACGGCCCUGCGCGCCGCCGUGGAGGCCCUGGUGGUGGAGGUUUCCAAGGAUCCCGGCAUCAUCCGGCAGCUGGACCCGGCGCAGGAGCGCAUGCUGACCGUCAUCCGGCAGCUCUCCAGGCCGGCGGCCGCGGGCAUGGCCCUCCUGGCUGCCAACACAAGGUUCGGGGACGGCCCCCGGCCCCCCAAGAUGACUCGCUACGACAACGGCGGCUCCAGGGGCUGGGGAGCCCCCCCCAGGGGCCGAGGGUACGGCGGGUACGGAUACUCUGGAUACUCCGGAUACUCCGGCCGGCGCUCCAGAGCACGAGGAUACUCAGGGAGCCCCUACGGAGGUGGGGGCGGCUAUAGAGGAGGAGGAGGAGGAGGAGGGGGGUACCGAGGAGCGGGCGGGGGCUACCGGGGAGGCUACGGGGCUGGGUGGUAGUGGUGGAAGUGCAGUGAAGUCUUUCCAGGGACUUCCUCUCCCAAAUUCCUCUCUUCCUCUUCCCAGUCUGUUGCCGUUUUGGUUCCUUAGUACCAGUACAGCUCUGCAAUAUAUCAUGCCUUUAGGGAACUUCCUGCAAGUUGUAUGAUUUUGUUCUUAAUAAAGAGUUUGUUUGUAAAGACUUA